AUGUUAUCUGUUGCUGGCAAUCGCUUCGCGAGUUUGGCUACCGCGCCAGUCCUCCGCAUGGGUUUGGCCCGUUGCUUCUCCUCAAUCACUGGACCUUUCCAGUGCCCACCUUUGCCUUAUGUUAAGAAUGCCUUAGAACCUCAUAUGUCUGCUGAGACCCUUACCUAUCAUCAUGAUAAGCAUCAUCAAACAUAUGUCGACACUUUGAAUAGUAUUGCCGCUGAGAACCCUGCCAUUGCUAAGAAGACCUUGGAACAGAUCAUCCAGACUGAGACUGGCCAGACUUUCAAUCAGGCAGCUCAGGUAUACAAUCACACAUUCUUCUUCAACAACUUGUCACCCAACGGAGGUGGAGAACCGACUGGCCGUGUUGCCGAGCUCAUCACUCGAGACUUCGGAAGUUUUGAGAAGUUCAAGGAAGAGUUCAGUGCUGCUGCUAUUUCACACUUCGGCAGCGGAUGGGUGUGGCUCAUUGCCGAUGACGGCAAGCUGAAGAUUGUUCAGGGUCACGAUGCUGGUAACCCGAUACAUGAGAGUAAGACCCCUCUGAUGAACAUAGAUGUUUGGGAGCAUUCCUAUUACAUUGACUACAGGAAUAAUAGAGCAGAGUAUGUAAAGAGCUACUGGUUCCUCGUCAACUGGGACUUCGUCAAUGAGAAGGUCGCUGAUGCUGGUCUCUAG